CACAAGAGAACAAGUAUCCAACAGCUGAUCGUGCGAAACCCGUAGAAAAAUUGGAAAGAAAAAAAUUUAAACAGAAGGUGGAAAAGUACGAAUUAAAGGCAAAAGUCAAAGAAAACAAGUUACCAAAAUGGUAAACAUUACAUUACCAAAUCGGGAGGAGCGGUUGGAGCUGCUGGGAGAGCGCAUUAAGAACCUUUCUAUCUAUUUCGAGAUCGGCGACGACGUGUGUCCAGUGCAGAUAGCCGAGUUCACGAAAAAUUUUACAGAAGACGAACUUUGCCGAUUGAUUACCCAAGGCGAUUUUUUGCAAUCCCUUUCGGCCAUUAAGCCGCGAUUUGGUGUACAAAAGGAACGACUCGAAAAGAUGACGCCAGGCGGCUUCUUUGAGUCGGUACGCCCGGCUCAGGAGAUGACGGAGACCAAAUUGUUUAAGAUCGCUGGUAAUAUUGUGUCGCACUUGCAGACCAUUAUUUUUUUGGAAAACUCUCGGGACUCACGAAAGACGCAAGGUGGAACAAGAAACGUGGAGCUCAAUGGAAGGCGGGCCAAUCUCUCGGUCUCUUCUCAUCCGGAAUCGGUAGAGGAGGCAGCAGGUUGCAGCAUAAUGAACACUGAGAUUUCGGAUAUUGCGCAAUUUGAGAAGGAGUACAUCGCCGAGUUAGCUGAACGUGGCUUCAUCCAGAUGCCACCUGAUCAGGGUUUGUUUAGCCAGCUGAUCGAGGGUGCUCCAAAGUCGGGAAAAUCGGCAAUUGCGGCUCAUUUCGCACAGAAAAGUGAUGUGCCCUUUGUAAAGGUCAUCUUGCCGGAGGACUUCCUAGAAGCUAGACAAGCCGAAAAAUGUAGACACAUCCGUGAGCUCUUUGAGGAUGCAUGUGUCUCCCAUGACAGUAUCGUAAUUCUCGAUGAUUUGGAACGCCUGCUGGAGUAUUCGGCAUUGGAUAGGAGUUACUCAAACGAAGUUCUCCAGACACUAAUGGUGCUCUUAAUGAAGCAGCCACCAAGAGGUCACAGACUGCACAUCCUGUGCACUUCCAGUCGUCGAGAUAUCCUAGAGGAUCUGGGAAUGCUGUCAGUCUUCACAUCGGUGAUCCAUGUGCCAAAUCUCUUUGAUCCGGACCAAAUACUAUCCGUGGCGGAGGCUUCACAACGCUUCGAGAAAGAGGAGCUACUAGCCAUAGAAGCUGCCAUCGUGGACAAACCCAUUUCAAUUGGGAUCAAGCGACUACUGGAUCUCAUCAACUGGGUGAAUCCCCUUAAGCCGGAUCGCCGGGUUCCCAAAUUCCUUGAGAAAAUGGGUGCCGAAAUGGGAUGGGAGUAGCCAGCCGACCAACUGCAGAGACAAUUCCUUUGAAUUUAUUACCUUGCUAACUCCAAGUUAGCCUUGUACGCCUUAAAGGAACUAUGCAUUUCAAUUGUAUUUUGUUCUUAUUCUUAUUUCCUCUUUUUUAGACAAGAAAGUGAACAGCCAGCUGAGAUAACAAAUGUAUCAUAGUUUUAAGAAAUAUUUACUCAAACACUAAAAUGUUUAUAUACCUCUUAAUCGUAUGCUCUUUAAGUUUUGGGUUUUAUUUUGAUUAACAAAUAAA